CCCAGGCUCCCUGCGGCUCAGUCCUCUCCCCAGGUGUGCCAUCGGGCCCCCGCGCUCAGCCCUGCGCUCCAGGUGGGCAACCCCUGAGCAGCUCCCGCCCGGAGGCAACCUUCUCCUCUCUCCGCCUCCCCAGCCAUGAAGAUCGCACCCCCCCUUCGCUCGAAGACGAGUCCCCCGGGGAGCUCCAGCAGGAAGUGGGCAGUGUAACACCUGGAGAGAAAAGAAAAACAGCCCUAAAGCUCUUGGCAGAACGCAUACAGCAGGUCCCCGCCCAUCCCCUGAGCUACGUUUGAGCUUUUGAAGUCUGUCUCUGAAAGUGCAAAUGAGAAAAAUGUGUCGGGUUGCAGGACCUCCAGGCUGUUUCCAAGGCACCUGUCGUGUGGACCUGGAUUUCUGAAGAGAGAACACAGAGGGGAUUGAUCAUUAACCGGUUCUGAAAUGGCUGAAAAAGACGGAGGCCUUAAAGCACACAGUUGUUCUCUGUCGAAAGUGGUGGCUGUGAUAGCCUGUGGCUUCCUGCUGCUAGCUGGGAUAGGCGCUGGAAUCUGGGCGAUAGUGAUGUCUGUGCUGGGAAGCGAAGGCGAGAGUCUGUAUGUUGUUCAGGUGAGUCCUGGAGACCUGCGCCUCACCUUGUACGACGAGAGCGAAGGCAAAUGGAGACUUCUGUGUUCCUCUCCUGCUGAUGCCCAGAUGGCAACCUUGGGUUGUGAGGAGAUGGGAUUCAUCAGAUCGCUCUCGCAUUCUGUCCUGUCUGCUGACACGGCGGGGGUCAACGGGACUUCUGGCUAUUUUUGUGUGGAUGAGUCCCGCCUGCCUUUUGCCCGAAGGCUCAACGAGGCCAUUGUUGUGUGCGAGUGUCUGACAGGCCGGUUCCUAGCAACACUCUGCCAAGAUUGUGGACGCCGCAAGUUACCCAUGGAUCGGAUUGUAGGGGGCCAAGAUGCCAGUUUGGGCAAGUGGCCAUGGCAAGUCAGCCUGCGCUACGACGGAACUCACCUUUGUGGGGGCUCCAUCAUCUCUGACGAGUGGGUUGUCACAGCUGCACACUGCUUCCCAGAGAGGAAUCGAGUGGUCAAUCGGUGGUGGGUGUUCGCAGGUGCUGUUUCUCAGCUCUCGGCCAAGGGGCUGCAGGUGGGGGUGACGAGUGUCGUGUACCACGGUGGGUAUCGGCCUUUCCUGGAUCCCAACAGCGAAGAGAACAGCAACGACAUUGCUCUUAUGCACUUGGGAACGCCCCUUUCCUUCAAUGAAUAUAUCCAGCCCAUUUGCCUCCCAGCAUUGGGCCAACCCUUGGUAGACGGCAAAGUCUGUACAGUUACUGGCUGGGGCAACACACAGUACUACGGGCAACAGUCAGAUAUGCUGCAAGAAGCCAGUGUGCCGAUCAUCAGCAACAGCGUCUGCAACAGCCCGGAUUAUUACGGCAGCCAGAUCCGGCCGAAGAUGUUCUGUGCGGGCUUUGCGGCUGGGGGUACCGAUGCCUGCCAGGGUGACAGUGGUGGCCCCUUUGUGUGUGAGGAUGGAAUCUCACAGACUUCACGCUGGCGGCUGUGCGGCAUCGUGAGCUGGGGCACUGGUUGCGCGCUAGCCAAUAAGCCGGGAGUCUACACCAAGGUCAAUGAUUUUCAGGGCUGGAUCUACCGGGCCAUGAAGAUUCACUCUCACGCCAGUGGAAUGGUCAUACAGCACUGAUGCUCAGGACAUUGGGCUGCUGAGCUGCUGCCUCGCCAACCUCCAUCCCUUCCAGAGAGACGCUGUUACUUUGUAAAAAGGGACACAUACAUCCCAUUGUAUUGUGUACUUCGGGCUGGAGCAAUGUUCUUGGAACGGGGUGGAUAGAUCUCUUGCCACUUGGCACAGUCGCAAUGCCCCGGUACCGCUUGUCCUGCCCAUAGGAUGCCUCAUCUGUGGCAACCUGUCAGAAUGGUGCUUCUAACCCUUUCCUUGCAUGUCAAAGAAAGGGUUUACACCCUGCUACUUCAGGCCCCUGCAAUUGGCUAACGAGUGAGCCCUGGAGGCGCUAACAUUGGAACAGCUGGUGCACUGACGGUGCCCGUUAAGGUCAAUAAAAGGCAAAUGGAAUCAGGGUGACAGGUUAGGAUGUUUCCUAUUGUUUCUUGGGGUCCUGUUGUCCCUUUCUCUUCCCCAGUCAAACAGUCCAGGAUACCUGCUUUUAGGCAAACAAAUGAUUGCACAAAGCACAUCUACUGCCUGGGUGAACGGAGUUCCAGAACUCUCUCCAUUUGCUCUUUGUAUUUUCACUUAUCUCAGUGUCAAUGAACCCUCCUGCCUCCUGUUUAGAUAUGGGGGGAAGGGAGCGAGUCUUUGAUUCCUGUCUCAUUUGCAAAGUAUUAUUAGGAAGAAUUUUCCCAAAGGCAGUGAACUUUCUCUGAGGGUCACUCUACAUGUUACUUCUUUUACGAGUCCUCCACGGACAAAUGUCAGCUCCAAGGGUAGGCUUCUAUAAAAAAAGGAGAGUGCAA